CGGGCCGUUCGCACGCCGGACAAAUUACAGAAUGUCGCAUGACGGGUCAAAAGACGACAGCAGCUUCAUCAGAGCUGGGACCGAAGCCACAGUUCUCGAGCCGCUAGGAGCUCGAUUGUUUCAAGCGAAAAGGGCGCGCUCUUUGAUGACGGACACGGCAUGCGUAAGCGCAAGGAUAGGCGGCCAGUCGGCUGUCAAGACCUUCGGCUCGCGGGUACCCGCUCGUAGUCUGGGAGGACCCUUGCCUUUUGAUCGCCAUCGGGAGGGAGCGCAUGCCUGCGGGUCUUCUAACGGCUAUCCAUGUGUUGCAAAGCUGGUGCAAACAGUGCUAGCACUUCGUGAGACUAUCCGGCGGGCUGGUUGCUUUGCCCUUUAUAAGACCCAGCGCGAGCCAUCGCCAGUCAAAAGAUGUUCAUCCAUCGUGUGUACACUCUCUCAGUCGUCUUCUGACUUGUGUCUACUGCGGCAGAUUGUGUCCUCUUCAAAGCUUGGCCAGCCUUCCACGCCGCCGCCGCCAUUGUCGCAGACUGCAACAACAUCCUUGCCCGCACUACCCUCGUUUUUCCGCGGGACAAUCCCUUACCAGCCAUUCGACAACACAAACAUGUGUACGAAAAUCGUUCACGUCUUCAAAUGCGGUCAUCAGCAAGUCGACCUGGCUCCCUGCGCUGCGUCAAGAGUCGCAAAGUGCCCCAAUUCACAAGACAAGAAGAUCAAUCACGAUCAACGCUGCUCAAACUGCCAAAGA